CUGGUUAAGUAUUGCGUUCAAAAUUACGUAUAACGUUGCUGUUUGCCUUUGAGAAUGGAGCUAAUUAUUAGACUGUUUCAAUGGGUCAAAUUUUCCACAUCUACCUCUCCUGUGGUAAAUAGAGCUUAGGAAAAGCACCUGGCAUGGAAAAAGUGGUGAGUCGCUCCUGUCUGUCAGUCUGCAAACUUUCCUAAUCUUCCGGGACUCCUCCAGUUCACAAAGUCAACAGUUUUGGAGACGGACUCUAGAGGAAGAAGGAGUGGGAGGGAAGGGAUGUUUGUAGCUGAUAAGGAAAGAAGAUUCGGACGCUGUUGCCCGUAUGACGCCAGUCGUGUAGCGGGGUGAAGUCGACUUGAAACAACAGGUUCAGCCCGAAGAGAUGCAGAGUGAUGCCUCUCCUCCCACGACAAGGAAAACAUUUCUAAGGGUCAAGCUCUGUUGGAUUUGUGGUUAGGUAGAUCCCCAUGGGAUAUCCUUUUUGACUGGUGGACUUUCUUGAGGGAGGUGACUCUUAAACUGCCCAUCACUAAAGUUGCUGCAUUGAGGUUUCACUGCGUGGAAGACAACAGGAGAGAAACUUCACUCAGUGGAGAGUUUCUCUGACCUGAGCCAGCAAACCUACGCCAAAGGUUCUUGGUUAAGAUCACAAUGCCACAGCCUGCAGACAUGAUCAAUGUUGGCUUCCUGUCUGAGGCUGAGCAGGAGCUCAUUUUGGAGGUGCUGCGACGGGAUGAAGAGCUGAGACAGGCUGAGGAGCAGCGUGUACGCAAGUUGAAGACAGAGCUGCUUGAUAUGAAGAGAAGAGGUGCCAAACGUGGCAGUGGAAGAUACAGUCAGUACAGUUGUGGCAGAUGCCAGGAACCUCUGAGUCGAUUGUCCAUUUCCUCCAGCCAGUGUAAGACAUGCAACCACAGAGUGUGCCGCAGCUGUCGAACAGUCUCCUCUGAAGGAUCCUGGCAGUGCAGUGUGUGUGCCAAAGAGUCAGAUAUGAAGAAAAUGACAGGUGACUGGUUCUACGACCAAAGAGUGAACCGUUUCUCCACAAUGCCUGGACACGACUUGGUGAGAGUCUCCCUGAAGAAGGACCCCCUGAUGAAGAAGCGUGAGACAACAGGAGAGGUGCUGCUGAGAAGUGCUGAAAUAAAACCAGAUUAUCCCACUCCUGUGCCCCGAGGCAGACAGAAAAAUCAGGCUGAUAACAAAGGCCAUCAAAGUGAUAAUUCAGGAUCAUCAGCUUCAAGGGAGUCAUUUGAAUCAAAGGAGGACGUUGAGUCGAAGCAAAUGCGCAGUGAUACAGAGUCUGCAGAAAAUGCCAGCAUUAUUAGCAGUAAAACUGAGACCGAGUCCGGCCGUGUUACACCUGAGCCUCCAAGGAGAGAGAUCCGAUCACGUCAGUCCAGCCCAGAUGGAGCCAGUGUUUCCAACUUGACCAUCCCAGUGAAAACAAAUAUAGCUAGUGAUGACAGCUCCGGCACAGAAGCUAACACUGUACGAUGUAUUCAGGCCCCAGAAUUAAAACCAGACGGUUCAAGCCCGGAGCUGGAAGUCGAUCGACUCUUUAAGAAGAGCAUCAAACGAGCCCCAAAACCCCCUGAGUCUGUUUCCACAUUGGACCUGCGUGAUGGACGUGGUUCAUCUGAGGUAUCAAUGGGCAACAGGAGCCGCUCUGUACCGGGUCUAGACAUACAGGAAGACGGAGAGGAGGAUGAGGAUAUUGACACUUUGGUUAACUUUCAUAAAAGAACGUUGGCUUCAAGCUCUUCCAGCCUGCAGAGCUCAAGGAACACACUGGGCAGCCUGAUGAGUAUUUACAGUGAAGCAGGAGAUUUUGACAGCGUGGAAGUGAGCGGAGACGUCGUCUUCUCUUUGAGUUACAAUGAAGACACGCAGAGCCUCCAGGUCUUCAUCAAGGAGUGCCACGGGCUGGCUCACGGCGAUGUCGCACGGCAGCUUUCCAACCCGUAUGUCAAGUGUUAUCUCCUGCCUGACAAAUCUCACCACAGCAAAAGGAAAACGAACAUUAAGAGGAACACUGUGAACCCAGUUUACAAUGAAACACUGAAGUACUCCAUCGGACGCGCCCAGCUGUUCACCCGCUCCUUGCUAAUAGCAGUGUGGCAUAAUGGUCGCCUCAGCAGAAACGCCUUCCUGGGUGAGGUGGAGAUCCCUCUGGACAGCAGAGACCUCAGCUCCCCUUACGAGGACUGCAUGGCUCUCAUGCCUAAGGCCUCCUAUGCUGUGCCAGCUUCCUCUUUUGUUCAGUACAAAGGAGAGUUGGUGAUCUCCCUGAAGUACAUCCCGCCUAAAAACCCAACAACUGAGAUCUUUAAAGGAAAAAAGGAGGCAGCAAACGAAGGAGAACUACACGUCCUUAUUAAAGAGGCGAAGAAUUUGAUGCCAGUAAAACCAGGAGGCACCUUAGACAGCUAUGUGAAAGGGUACUUGUUCCCAACUAAGGCAAAAGACACAAAGAGGAAGACUUCAGUGGUAAAGAAGAACCUGAACCCCCACUAUGACCAAACAUUCGUGUACAAGGAUCUGACUCUGGAGCAGCUGAAGGGGAUGUGUCUGGAGCUGACGGUGUGGGACAAAGAAGCAGUGCUGACCAAUGAACUUCUGGGAGGAGUCCGUCUGAGCUCUGGAACCGGCACUGUGAAGAUAGGAAAAGAGGAAGUGGAAAUGGACUCUGUUGGCGAGGAGGUCAGCCUCUGGCAGAAGAUGAUGCAGUACCCUGACUCAUGGGCAGAGGGCACUCUUCCACUGCGCUCCUCUUUGGGGAAGUCAAAGAGCAAAUAAGGACCUGAGAGCAUGGAUCCAUGGGAAAAUACUUGGUGACUAACAAUGGGAGAAACUGUGACUAAUGUGGUAUCAUUUAGAGUCAUUUUUUGAAGGCCUAGAAGUUGGACACUCAAAAAACAGCUGAUUGAGCUGCUGGAAACUAAACACAUGCUCACUCCUGCCUCACUGUGUGGAGCUUAUUAAUGCUUCAGACUGUUGGUGAAAUGUGCCAAAGCUACUCUCUGAACUCUGGAUUUGAUUUUAGAGCAUUGUUGUAGUCAUUUUAUGUUUUUAAAAUUCUGGCCUGGUAUAUGAGCACGAUUUUAAGUCAUGUACAGCACUUAGCACAGACACAUUUUAACCAAUGUUGACCUGUUCUUUAUAACUGUGUACAGAUUUAUACUAAUACAUGGAAAAACACAUCACUUAACACUCCACUCAUGCAUCAAACAAAAUUCGCACAAAUUAAUAUUUUAUUGUAUUUUACAUAAACGCUCUUAUGAAAACUAUAUAUUUAUACAAAAAUUAUAAAACUUUGUCUUUACGUAGAUAUAAAUGUGGAUUUUAACCCUUCAGAGUGUGAGCAGAGUCAUGUUUAACAUAAUGUUUCCUUUAUUCUGUUCACCUAAUAAAACUGAACAAAUGAAAGACAAGUGAUU